CUCUGCAAAGACCGUCGGAGCUGUGUCUCUAAGAGUUUGGUUUGUGAUGGGCGUGCUCAUUGUCACGAUGGAUCAGAUGAGGUUGACUGCCCAAGUGUAUCUAAUCCUGCAACAACAAAACCUCUGGCCCUCACCACCUCAACAAUUUGCAUCACUCCUUCAGUUCUCUGUCCAGGUUCAUCACUGUGUCUCUCUCAGAAUCAGCUGUGUGAUGGAAUCAGAGACUGCCCUGAUGGAUCUGAUGAAAAUGACUGUGUUCUCCAGUGUAACAACCCAGAUGACUUCUUGUGCAGUGACCGGAGAAAGUGCAUUCCCUGGCUGAAAGUUUGUGAUGGUCAUGCUAACUGUCCUGAUGGCUCAGAUGAGAAACUGUGUGGGUCAGCACAUCCUACCGUUCCCUCCUCCAUCGAUGUGCUAGAUGCCAAAUCAUCACCUCUGAGGUGCCGCAGAGGUUUUGAGCUCUGUGCAGAUGGCAGAGAGUGUGUUUUAUCCAGCCAUGUGUGUGAUGGAGAGAGAGACUGUCAGGAUGGAUCAGAUGAACUGGGAUGUGAUGUCACAGAACAGGGAGUGGUGUCAUCAACAAAUCAGAAAUCUGCUACCGAUUCUCCAACUCUGCUGACCUGCCGCAGUCCCGCUGUCCUUUGUCCUUCUGCUGAGCUCUGCAUUUCCCCAAACCAGUUCUGCAAUGGUCUUGUAGACUGUCCAGAUGGAUUUGAUGAGAAGAACUGUGUGAAAAGAUGUUCCUCUAACAAUGAUUUUCUCUGCAAAGACCGUCGGAGCUGUGUCUCUAAGAGUUUGGUUUGUGAUGGGCGUGCUCAUUGUCACGAUGGAUCAGAUGAGGUUGACUGCCCAAGUGUAUCUAAUCCUGCAACAACAAAACCUCUGGCCCUCACCACCUCAACAAUUUGCAUCACUCCUUCAGUUCUCUGUCCAGGUUCAUCACUGUGUCUCUCUCAGAAUCAGCUGUGUGAUGGAAUCAGAGACUGCCCUGAUGGAUUUGAUGAAAAUGACUGUGUUCUCCAGUGUAACAACCCAGGUGACUUCUUGUGCAGUGACCGGAGGAAGUGCAUUCCCUGGCUGAAAGUUUGUGAUGGUCAUGCUAACUGUCCUGAUGGCUCAGAUGAGAAACGGUGUGGGUCAGCACAUCCUACUGUUCCCUCCUCCAUCAAUGUGCUAGAUGCCAAAUCAUCACCUCUGAGGUGCCGCAGAGGUUUUGAGCUCUGUGCAGAUGGCAGAGAGUGUGUUUUAUCCAGCCAUGUGUGUGAUGGAGAGAGAGACUGUCAGGAUGGAUCAGAUGAACUGGGAUGUGAUGUCACAGAACAGGGAGUGGUGUCGCCAACAAAUCAGAAAUCUGCUACCGAUUCUCCAACUCUGCUGACCUGCCGCAGUCCCGCUGUCCUUUGUCCUUCUGCUGAGCUCUGCAUUUCCCCAAACCAGUUCUGCAAUGGUCUUGUAGACUGUCCAGAUGGAUUUGAUGAGAAGAACUGUGUGAAAAGAUGUUCCUCUAACAAUGAUUUUCUCUGCAAAGACCGUCGGAGCUGUGUCUCUAAGAGUUUGGUUUGUGAUGGGCGUGCUCAUUGUCACGAUGGAUCAGAUGAGGUUGACUGCCCAAGUGUAUCUAAUCCUGCAACAACAAAACCUCUGGCCCUCACCACCUCAACAAUUUGCAUCACUCCUUCAGUUCUCUGUCCAGGUUCAUCACUGUGUCUCUCUCAGAAUCAGCUGUGUGAUGGAAUCAGAGACUGCCCUGAUGGAUCUGAUGAAAAUGACUGUGUUCUCCAGUGUAACAACCCAGAUGACUUCUUGUGCAGUGACCGGAGAAAGUGCAUUCCCUGGCUGAAAGUUUGUGAUGGUCAUGCUAACUGUCCUGAUGGCUCAGAUGAGAAACUGUGUGGGUCAGCACAUCCUACCGUUCCCUCCUCCAUCGAUGUGCUAGAUGCCAAAACAUCACCUCUGAGGUGCCGCAGAGGUUUUGAGCUCUGUGCAGAUGGCAGAGAGUGUGUUUUAUCCAGCCAUGUGUGUGAUGGAGAGAGAGACUGUCAGGAUGGAUCAGAUGAACUGGGAUGUGAUGUCACAGAACAGGGAGUGGUGUCGCCAACAAAUCAGAAAUCUGCUACCGAUUCUCCAACUCUGCUGACCUGCCGCAGUCCCGCUGUCCUUUGUCCUUCUGCUGAGCUCUGCAUUUCCCCAAACCAGUUCUGCAAUGGUCUUGUAGACUGUCCAGAUGGAUUUGAUGAGAAGAACUGUGUGAAAAGAUGUUCCUCUAACAAUGAUUUUCUCUGCAAAGACCGUCGGAGCUGUGUCUCUAAGAGUUUGGUUUGUGAUGGGCGUGCUCAUUGUCACGAUGGAUCAGAUGAGGUUGACUGCCCAAGUGUAUCUAAUCCUGCAACAACAAAACCUCUGGCCCUCACCACCUCAACAAUUUGCAUCACUCCUUCAGUUCUCUGUCCAGGUUCAUCACUGUGUCUCUCUCAGAAUCAGCUGUGUGAUGGAAUCAGAGACUGCCCUGAUGGAUUUGAUGAAAAUGACUGUGUUCUCCAGUGUAACAACCCAGAUGACUUCUUAUGCAGUGACCGGAGAAAGUGCAUUCCCUGGCUGAAAGUUUGUGAUGGUCAUGCUAACUGUCCUGAUGGCUCAGAUGAGAAACGGUGUGGGUCAGCACAUCCUACUGUUCCCUCCUCCAUCAGUGUGCUCAAUGCCAAAUCAUCACCUGUGACGUGCCGCAGAGGUUUCAGGCCAUGUAAUGAUGGCCUGGAGUGUGUAAUUUACAGCCAUUGGUGUGAUGGGGAGAUGGAUUGCCUUGAUGGGUCAGAUGAAGAAGGAUGUGUUUCUCACUGCAAAGCAGGUGAGUUCCAGUGUGUUCAUGGGAGUAGGUGCAUCCCACCAGACCAGAUGUGUGACGGUCAGUAUGACUGUCGGGACCAAUCUGAUGAAAUGGACUGUUCAAGGCUGGGUGAGGGUUGUGAUCAGCGCUGUGAUAACAACACCCGUUGUAUACCAGAGACCUUUUUGUGUGAUGGGGAGAGAGACUGCGCUGAUGGGUCAGAUGAGGAAAAGUGUGAUUUGGUGCCCUGUGCAUUUCACCAGUAUCGCUGUAUUAGUGGUCAAUGUGUGUCUGAAGCUCUGAGAUGUGAUGGCUAUGCUGACUGCAGUGACCGUUCUGAUGAGAUGCACUGCACAAGACCCCCACGUUGCCCAACACAGCUGCGAUGCCCAAACAGCCACGAGUGUCUGCAGCAAGAGUGGCUCUGUGAUGGUGAAGACGACUGCCCAGACGGAUCAGAUGAGAAGAACUGCAUGACACCAGUUGCUAAGUGUAGGGAGUAUCAGUGGCAAUGUGGAGACAGCAGUCAGUGCAUCCCUGCGUCCUGGAGGUGUGACGGGAAGGAGGACUGUCACAAUGGCGUAGAUGAAGACAAAUGCCGUCAGAGAAAAUGCCCCACUCACCUUUACCAGUGUGAUAGUGGUGAGUGUGUGGACCCCCAGCUGGUGUGUAAUGGCUUCACCAACUGUGCUGAUAGUUCGGAUGAGGGUGUGGGAUGUGCUCAGCACAACUGCUCCAGUCCAUUAGCUCCUCGGUGUGACCACCACUGUGUCAGUACUCCAAACGGAGCGAACUGUUACUGUACUGCAGGUUUCAGACUACAGUCCAGUACCAUGUCCUGUGUGGACAUUGACGAGUGCAGUACAAUGACGUAUGCUGUGUGCAAACACAUCUGCCUCAACACCCGUGGGUCCUACAUGUGUCGUUGCCACCCAGGCUUCUACUUGGAGCCUGACAACAAAAGCUGUAAAACAAAAGAUGAGCCUGUGCUUCUGGCAUCAGUACAGACAGAGCUGUUACUGGUGGGAGUCCAUAGUGGCACCUUGCGUCUCCUCUCCUCUGCCAGUCGGCCGGUCUUUUCACUGGAUUACCACUGGGCUCAGCAGAGAAUUUACUGGCUGAGCCCUGACUAUCAGAGCAUCCGCUGGGUUGAUGUGAAGGACUCAAAUAAUAAAGGGACACUUAUCAAAGGAGUCAAGUCGGAUUUCAUCGCAGUAGACUGGAUCGGUAAGAACCUGUACUGGGUGGAUGGACUUGUUGGCCAGAUUCUAGUUAUGAAGCUCAGCAAUACCACAUUGAGAUCGCAAGACUACACCGUAGUCCUAGAUGAAGAUUACUCCCAACUUAAUAUAAAACUAUGCAUAUUGUACAAUAUUUACAGGUUGAUGUUUUGGUCUGAGAUUGGCAGCCGCCCUCAAAUUGAGCGGUCUGGGAUGGAUGGUUCAAAGAGAAAGAUGGUGGUGAGCCGAGGUCUGAGCUGGCCUGUCAGUUUGGCCUGUGACCUCUUGGACAACCGGAUAUACUGGGCAGACGAGAAGCUGCGCUGCAUUGGCUCAGCCUCUCUGGAUGGCGAUAAUGUCAAGAUCCUUCAAUUAGUUGAAACACCAAGCCCUUUCUCUGUAGUGGUCUUCAAUGACAGAGUCUUCUGGUCUGACACCAAGAGAAGAACCAUCCGUUCAGCCGAUAAGAACACUGGGAAAGAUCAGAAGGUUCUUGUCAAGAGACCAGGACAACCAUUUGGACUGAAACUGAUGCAUCCCCUUUCCCAACCGGCCAUAUCCAACCCCUGUGACAAGCUACACUGCUCCCAUCUCUGCCUCCUGGCCCCUGCGGUGAGGGCUAGGUCUGGGGCACUGGGAACAUCAGGAGCUUCUGUGGGGAAGGAGCUUACAGCAGUUUGUCGCUGUCCAAAGGGGUUGCUACUUUCUGAGGACAAACUCACCUGCUCUCUGCCUACGGAGUCGACUUCCAUCCUGCUCUUGUCUCAUACAACAGUAUAUCAGAUUUACUUGCGCUCCAUGCAUGAAGAUGGUGUUGCCUUGAAGAAAAUGCCAAUCAACCGAGCUUUAGCCCUUCCUGGAGUAACUGAGGCCACGGCACUGGAUGUGUCCAUCCAGGAGCUUUAUCUUUAUGUUGCUGAUGCAGGACAAGGAUCUGUGAAUGUACUGAAACUGGGCAACCCCAGGUCAAGACAGGGACUGACACCUGUUGGGAAAAUCUUGCAACUAAAGGAUGAUUCAGUCACGGCUUUGGCAGUUGACUGGGUGACUUCCAACCUCUACUGGAGCAGCACUCAGAGACCUGAUCUCCAUGUGACCUCCCAUCAUGAUGGCUACACCACCUUACUGCUGCAGGGGUCCCUGAAGGGCACCACAUCCAUUGCAUUGCACCCCCCUUCAGGUUUACUUUGCUACACAGCAAUAGUCAUGGCAGGUGGGAAGAGCCAGACAGAAGUGAGCUGCGCUUGGAUGGAUGGCCGUAACAAAGCGGUGCUUUGGAGGAAAUCUAGCAGCCCCACCUCGUUGGCCUUGUUAAAUGAAGGAACUGUCAUCUGCUGGGCCGACACAAGUGAAGGAGUCAUCAACUCGAUUGGAGUGGAUGGAUCAGGUUACAAGCAGUACAAAACGGGGCCAGGUCUGCUUGUCUCCUUCACAUAUAUUGAAAAAAUGUUCCUCUGGGUCACCCUGGACAAAGAUGUAACUAAACUGUGGUUUGGCGAUGGUCUCCAGCCUAAACAACUGUGGUUUGAGACAAAAACCAGUGUUGUGGAAGUCAAAGGAUGGAUUAAUGACAUCCCGUCUGAAACCAACAGCUGCUCCAACAACAACGGCGGAUGUCCCCAUCUGUGUCUUCCGUAUCCCCAAGGGCGGACAUGUGUAUGUGGGCGGGGUUUUUACAAAGUCAAUGCCACUUCCUGUGUCCAUCUGCCUGCCUGCCCUGCUGGGAAAGAUUCCUGCUUUGAUGGAAGCAAGUGCAUUAGCAGCAGCAAAUUCUGUGACGGGCAUGUGGACUGUCUAGACCAGUCAGAUGAACAGGAAUGUUCAAAGACAAACUUGGCCUCUUUUGGGACCAAAGCCAGUGAAGGCUUCCCUCGCCAGUUUUCCUCCACUCCUCACCCAAAGGCUGAAGAGAACUCUGGUCUUUCAAUUAAAAAAGACUCUACACCUUGUGAUCUCCAACACUGCAAUGGUCAUGGCCACUGCAUCACAGAAAAUGAAGUCAUUCACUGCCAUUGUGUGGCUGGGUACAAAGGAGAGUUCUGUCAAGAGACGGAGCAUGGAGAAAGUCACGUGGUUGCCAUCCUGGGUGUCUUAUGCCUCCUUGCUGUUUUGAUGGGUGCUGCUUUCAUUUUUGCUAAAAGCCGAGCCUGGGAGUUGAUCAGAAACCGGUCCGGAGAUAAGGAAACACUGAUGGGCAACAUGGGCCUGCCAGAGGGACACAGUGAUUCAGACUCUGAGGAGCUGGAGUCUCCAGCAGAUGUGACGAGCACCCCACUUGCAUUAACAUCACUAUAGCUUGAAUAGACCCCUACAUUUGCUAAUAUGUUUGGCUUGUUUCAUGAUAACUCAGAGUGGAGUGUAUUUCAACAGCCACUAAGUUUUUGUAAUAAACAUGAUGCAAGAUUAACCAAAA